AUGAACACCAUCUCCGCCUUCCAAAUCAAGGCGGCACCGCCUGAAAAACUCUCGGAUUGCACCCAAACCCUAGACUCCCCAGCCAUCCUCUUCUCCACCGGCGGGCACGCGGGAAACCACUUCCACCGGUUCAGUGACGUUCUGAUCCCGCUCUUCGCCACCUCUCUCCGCUUCAACCGCGACGUCGUCUUUCUCGUCACCAACCACGACUCUCGCCUCACCUCCCAGCACAGGAAAACCCUAGAAAUUGUAUCCAGAUACGAGGUGGUCGACAUCAAUAGAGAGAAUCAAACCAUGUGCUUCCCAAACAUGAUCGUCGGGCUCAUCGCUCACGAGCACGAUCUGUCCAUUGAUCCCUCCCCGUUUUCGACCUUUUCGACCCGAAACUUCACCAAGCUUCUACGCAGCGUCUACUCCUUGGAGAGGGACUCAGUGGGCUACCAUCAUCGGCCUCGGAUGCUCGUGAUUCCUCGAACAAGAUCCCGUAGGUUGACCAAUGAGGUUGAGGUGGUCGAGCUGGGAUUCGACUCUGUCGUACAUAAGAUGGAUCAUCAUCUCGAGUCCGCUGCCAAAAUCAUCAACACGUUCGACGUCAUGGUUGGAGUCCACGGCGCUGCUCUCACAAACAUGCUUUUUUCUACCGAAAAAUGCCGGUAA